AUGGCGCCGGCGUGGCAGGACUCGAAUGCCCGAAUUUGCUACCUCCGUACCAUCUGGCAAGACGCAGGCAACACGAAUACCGUGUCAGAUGCCAACAGCGACGCCAAAGAAAAAGCCAGUGUAACGGACAACCUCGAGUGCUGGCGACAGGAUUGCCAUAGACUGGCUGAUCCAGGGCUCGGCAGUCGAUGUCGAAGACUCCCAAGUUUUGAACGCCGUGACUUUACGGUCUUUGUUUCCCGAGAACAAGCCGCGACAACGCAGAACACAGAGCUCCUGCAACGCUUGAAGGUCGAGCAGGUUGAAGUGCAGGUCCUGACGACUCAUGAUUUGGCCACCAGCCAAGCAGAAUACCCAUCAUCCUUACCCUGUGACGCCUUCAUGCUGCUCAAGUCAGACUACGCGCUGCACAUCUGGUCCGGCGGUCGUGUCAACUACGAAGGGGACAACGUGAGGUUCUGCGGAUGGCGAGACUCGCUGCGGCUCGGGGCGCCGGAGGAAACCAGAAGAUUACCCAAGCCGCUUCUGAUGGGCCACACGAGGAGAGGGUGCUGCUGGGCGGGUAAGUGCAACUACUGGCGGCGCGACCACGAUGAGAAGUGGCGCAACUACAAAUGCCCCUGCUGCGGUGGGCGGUGCAAGCGGACCAAAGGGUGUCAGAAGACGGGCGAGUACUGGGUCGAGGAGAAGAAGCUGCCGGAGUGGUUGCUCGAGGCGGAAGAGGAGAAUGGGACCGUGCCGCCCGAGUUUGCGAGGGAGUGGAUGAAUAUGUCGGCGGCGGACACGAUUGACAAGUACGAGUUGCGGAAGGGCAUUGGUACGGCGGGAAGAUGGCGAUGGAGGUCGAUUGAUACGUUUGCUGGAGAUGCAGGCGACUGA